AUGAAGCGAUUCUCCACAGACCGUAUCACAUCUGGCAGAGACAAGAAGAUGCUUCCUUAUUCUCAUCGGCGCCAAUGCACAGUGGCAGCAUCCGUUUGGAAGAAUUCGAUUUUCUUGGAUUUGACCCUCGAGCGCCGGGUUGAAUACAUGCUUCAUUGGUGCGAUGCUGAGAAGCGGGAAGAAGGAUUCCGAAGAGCAGAUGCCGUCCUCCUGGGGCUCUUUGAGGGGUUUAACCCAGACGAGGAGAUGAAGAGUGACUUUACGGAUCAAGACGAAUAUCGCUGGCGGGUGUUUUGCAACAGUAGGCGCGACAAGAAGGAACGCGUUGCUUGGAAUAAUGAUGGCGAAUACCGACUCGGUGGCUGCAUCUACAUACCUCAAGGUCUAAACUUUGGGAAGGAGUUGCUGGCAGACUUCAAGACCUCUAAACUGUUCCAAGGGACUGACCUGGAGAACUGCCGUAAAGGCAUCAAGAUGCUCCGUGACCUGAUGAUCGAGACCGCCGAAAAAAUGAAGCAUCGUCUACCCGAGCUAACGGAAGAGCAUUCCGCACUCAUUGCAGGUUUCGAGGACAGCGAUAAUUUGGAUGCUCAAAUGGUAGAGCAAACUAUCGAGGACAUGUGUGAUCAGUACGAGCCUGCAUCUGGUGACAUGGCCUUGACUGGUUGCGACAACCAGGGCAUGACCACCGACAUGGACAACACAAUCGACUGCGAUGACGAUUCUGCUGAGCCCAGCUACCCUCUGGCUGCAGAGAUGAGCCCAUGGGAAUACGAGGAGGAGUCUGCUGCUUCUUUCUGGGCAUUCGCUGAGAGCGAUGAGGACGACUCUUUCUCGAAUGAUGAACUUGACCACGCAGCUCCUAUGCUAUCAUUUGGUGCAGAGGAGGAUUUGAGCCAUAGUGACAGCCGCUUGUUCCAGCGACAUAUCGACGACGGACCAGCGGUGUCUCCUUUGGCUGUUACCCCCAGCAACCUAACUCUGCCUGUAUCUUCCGAGAAGGAGAGGGACAAUUCCUGUAUGGGUGAGCCACUUGCUACGCAGUCUCAGCUUUUCUUUGAAAAGGGCUCGCUCCAAAGAAGGAGCUCUUCGAAGGGAGAUGCCCAGGUAAGCAAGUUCAAGUCCUCGUCCUUGGAUGUCAUAGAUGACAAUGUCUCUCACUUAAGGCCGUUCAUUGUCAACCGGAAUCUGACCCACAUCCACAUUUCCUUCCAGGGAUGCGUUGACAAAGCGUCCCAAGUCGGAUCGUCGAGCAUUCCCAGCGACUCCAUCGUCCAUUCCACAUCUCUCCAUGGACGUUCCCAUGAUGACGACGUCAAGUCCCCCUUCAAGAAUCUUGCUCAGACCCUUCUUGCGCGGAACAGCGGCCCUUCCUAUUUCAAUGCACCUUUGCAGGAGCGCACACACGAAAAGUCCGAGUCCCGACUGGAUGCGACCAAGGCUCUGCAGAGCAGUGUAAUUCCAAAGCUGAAGGCAGCGAAGGAAGUACAGUGGACUACCUAUGCGGCCCCUGUCGCGUUGAAGAGUGGCUCUCCUCUUGUCCUGCCAUUGAAGAGGCCGCCAAUCAACGACAUCCUAUUCGAGCGUGGUAAGGAGAAUCAACCUCCCCGGACUGCCUUGAUCACCCAGCCUUCGUCCUCCCGGCCUCACAACACUACAUCCUUCGAUGGCUCAUCCGAAAUGAAGACCCCAAAGCAUGGUCGAUCGGGACAGGCCAAGGCAAGUGGAUUUUCAACCGCUCCUACAGAGGGGAAAUAUGUCGAGUCUCGCAGCGAAGCCGCCGCUUCGGAUGAUGACGAUGACUUCAUGCCCAGUCGAAUGACAACCAAGAACGUCCCCAUCGUAAAAAAGGUCUCGGCCAAGAAACAGAAACGUUAA